CUCAUCACAGCCUUGGAUCAUACCGGGCAAACGACAGAAAUGGCGAUCAUUCUGCUGCAGGAGCAGCUGUUGUAGCAGAGAUUUCUCUUUGCAGCCAACAUAGAAGGCUGAAGGAUUUUUAAAGAAACAGGAUAUUUUCUUGAAAUUCGAUUUAGCAUAUUGGGUAUGUGCACUGAACAACAGUGGAUCAAGAUUAGAAACCAGAUGAGUCACCCUUUGAAAUAAAUUGAUGCCUAUUGAAAAGGCUGGUGUAUCAGCUGAUGAAAGUUUUGUCCAAAGUUUCAAACAUUGCAUAAAUGGAGGAGCAACUUAAGAAAAGAGCAUAAAGGUAUAGCCAUGGGUUUGGCAAAAACGUACUUUGAAGUAUUCUGAGUAAUGGAAAAUGAAUUCAACUUGUGAACAAAAUGUGUUAUUUUCAAAUAUGGAAAACCCAGAAGAAAAAAUCUCCAAAAAAAACUUCCAGGAAGUCCUUGGAACAAAACAUACAAAGCUGGAUAAAUAUCAUUGUGACAAAUGCCGGUAUACAUCUAAAGACCACACACAGUUUAAGAAACAUGUAUUACAGCAUGAAGAAAUUAAGUUUGCUUGUUCUUACUGCAGUCACAUUUCUUACACAAAAGGUGAAUCCCAGCGCCAUCUUGUAGAGCAUACAGGGACAUUUCCUUAUAAAUGCUCAUUCUGUGACUAUGGUGCAGUUAGGAAUGACUAUAUUGUAAAGCACACUCAAAGAGUUCAUGGGACUGUUAAAAGAAAAGGACCACCUAAUGAUUCAAAGAUCAUUAGAGAUGCACUGCCUAUUAAAUGGUCAGUGGUGGAAUCUAAACGUUUUGCACAGCAAAAUAUAACUACAAAAAAUGCCCUACCUUCCACCGUGAACACCUGUGAAACACCUGUGAAUGUUACUGCUAGUAACAAAGGCUUUUUAACAGAUGGAGUUCUCAACAAAAUGGUCAACAGUGCCCCUACAGAACAGUCUUCUACGCCAAAACGUAGUGUUCCGUCCAAUGUUCAGGUGGAACUCAUAGCUCCACUUAAUGACCCUAUAGAUCCUGAUAUUCCCUUGAUGGUUGCUGCUCCUCCAGAUUUAAUUAUACCCCCUAAUUGUUUUGUUGAACUUGUAGAAGUACAUAGAGUAAAUGGCUCAAAGGAGCUUGAGCUGAAAUUUAUUUCCCAACAUGUUUCAGAAAGUGACGUAAACCACAAAAAAGAGGACCAGGCAAACCGUGUUGGUAGCUACAGUGAAGCAGAUGGAUCACAACAGAUAGUUACAUCAAUGUUCCCAUGUAAUUUCCUUCCAAAGUGUGAAAAUACCAAAACAUUAACAACAAGCAAAAAGCCUAAAGCAAGAUUCCCACAAAAGGCUGUUGCAAAUACAUUUAAAGACAAGAAAAGCUCUGAAUCUGCAGAGCUGUCAGUCUUGCCUAAUGUUCAAAACAUUCCUAAUCAGGGGAUGUCUGAAGAUCCCGACUCCUUUUUGUCAACAGAUCAAAGAAACUUUGAAAAUUCAGUAGAUAUUCCUUGUGCAGCCGAAUCUGUGUUAGGAGGAAGUAAAGAACAUUUAGAUUUUAGGCCUUUUGGUAGGAAUAACACUGAGAAAAAUGCAGAGACUGAAUCUAAUGAUGAAAUAUUAGAAAAUAAAGAGGGGCCUGUAAUUUCAUCAGUAUUUUCUCUUUGUUGUGGCACUGAAGAUUUUCCAGACUGUGUUAGGUGGGGUCAAAAUCUGAAUGGUGUUUGUGGCAAUAGAUGCAAAAAUUAUUUGAAAAUCUCUGAGAAGCAUGAUGAAGUGAAAAAAUAUAUACCAGAUGUACUGGAUAAACUUUCUCAGAAGAAAAUUAGGAACAAUGACAACAAAGCAGACCAUGAUGUGAACAACAGUGAAUUUACAAAAUCCAUAACACAUAAAGACAUUUUUUUAAAUGACUUGGCAAGUUUACCAGAUUCACAGUUAGAAAUCACAGAAAAACCACAAACAAUGACCUGCAAUGCACAAAUUACAAAUGGUAAAAAUACAAAUGAAGGUACUCCUACAUAUGAUUGUGCGGUUUAUUUCGCAUCCAAUUGUGAAUGUUUAGAGUCCACUACAUGUGGCAAGAAACAAAACCUCCCAGAUAAUUCUCAACCUGUUCAAGAAAUUAAGAGCACUAUAAAGGAUCCAGAUUCCAGAGAAAUGUCUAAAAAGUGCAUUGCAUUUGAAGAUAAAGAAGCUGUUGAAACACCUACUCUUACAAUCUCCUCAAAUUCACCCAAAAUGAUGAUUUCCAAUAACAAAAACAGUCAAAGACAAGAGGUAUUGCAUCAUCAAACUGAAUCUGUAGAAGAUAUACACUCUUCCAGUAUUGAAAUGGAAGAGAAUAUAGAGAAUUGCCUGUAUUCCCCCAGUGUUCCAAAACAUAAGUCAAACGUUGAGGGUAUUUAUGAAGAUUUGGAUAAUGCUAUGCCUAGUCAUGAAGGCACAGCUCUUAAAGCAAUUCGAGUGGAUGAGACAAUUCCUGUGCAACCAGAAAUUAACUCAAAGCAGCAUGAUGAUGACCCUCAAGCCAAUCAAUCAGUGGUGUCACAUUUGUCUACAUCUUCAAAGACAGGGGCUUCUUUGAGAGAAAUAAACACAAAUCCUGCCCAUAAUCAAGAUGGUAGCAAAAAUCAAAUGCAAACAACAAGAUGGAGAAAGGGUAGAGAAAUUGAAGAUUCACCACCAGUGUUUAUUCCACAAGGUGCUGUACUAAGAAUUUUAAAUCCAAAUCAGUCUUUACAGUCAAAAGUUACAUUGAAUACCAGCCAGGACUAUGAAGACUGUCUUGAAACUUUGAUUCCUAGACCAGUUCCAUUUACCAGUUUGGAAGAAAAAAAGACAUGUCCUGAAACUUCUUUACCCCAAAGGAAACUUUCCAAUCUUACACUAAAACGGAAAAGGUCGGAAGCAGAGAAUGAAAUCUUGGAAGAAAAUCUAAAAGUACACUCACAGCUCAAUUCAUCACAACUUCCUCAAUGGAAAUCCCGGAAGCCCAAAAACAAAAAAUGUAGAAUGGCUUCCAAAGUAAAAAUUUGCAAAUAUUCCACAGUUGAACCCAAAGCAAAUGCCAGUCUUUGUCUUACUCCACUAAGAAAUGAUCAGUUAAUUAAGCUUCCUUCUAUCAACCAACCUGUUGUUGUUCUCAAUCACCCUGCAGUAGAUACUCUUGAAGUGACAAGUGUUAUGCGAACUGUAAACAGAUAUAAAGGCAAUGUUUUCAAGGUCGUUCUCUGUGAAAGAGCUAAGUUUUCUUUAUAUUUGCAUAAAAGGAUAAAGAAACAGUCUGAACAAUUGGAACAUACUGGUCCAGUUACAGAAAGACGCAUGUUAAAAAUGAAAUUUAAAAAAAUUCACCAGGAUAAUUACCAAGUUGUGGGAUUUGUCCCUGAAGUUUCUCCAGCAAGAAUCUUUAAGUGUUGGUUUUGUGCAAGAAUGUUUUAUAAUCAAGAAGAAUGGUUAUCUCAUGGACAGAGACAUUUAACUGAGGCUACCAGGGACUGGAAUGCAAUUCAGAAUCCUACUAAAAAAUAAAUUUGCUUCUGCUUAUUUUCAAGUUGCCAUUGCAAAUUAUUUUAACAAUAUUCUUUGUAUUGCACAAUUUUGAAAUAAUAAACAGUCCCAAAAGUAUUGUCGAAUAUUGUUAAAGUACAUGUUUAAAAUAAAGGUGACAUUACAGAGAUAGCUAUUGUUUUGAGAUUGCUGUGUAAUUAAAAUGUUUAUAUUUGUAAAUCAACUUUAAAAACAUGAGCAAAAAUCAAAUGUAAAUCUUUAAAAAAUAUGGUAUACUACAUAAACUUAAAAAGCAUUAAAUGUGUGAUCUCUCGCAUAAAGGUAAAAUUAGAUAUGAGACUGUGGUGACAUUCUGCAACAAGGUAGAAUGUUUCUUCUGAACUUUGAUUAGUAUUGGAUUAUUUCUUUUCUUAUAUUCAGAGUUGCCUAAUGACAUGUAGUACUUAAGUUUUUGUUAUGUAGUAUUUUACACCUAUAAGUAAGCACAUACUGAUGUGUUAGCUAAGAUGUGUUGAUCUGUCUCACCAGAUUUUUAUAACAUUCAGAUAUCCUUUCAUGUAAAGGAUAUCUGAAUUGUAGUAUUAUACAAAACCACAUUCUUUGAAAACAAAUAAAGUAGAUAGAUAAAUGAUAAAAUUUAUGGGACUGCCAUCCAUGCAUUAUGACAUUGGUGCUACACUCCAGCCUUGGAUGGGCAGAGUCCAGCUGUCUUUAUACUUUUAAAUGUAUCCAGUUAAAGAAUAAUUAAUUCAGUUACCCACUUCCCCUGAUGUAUUCAAUCCCCAAUGAGCAAAUCAAGAAAAUUAUAGAUGGGCUGAUUGGCACAUUUUUGUAUGUGAGUAACUCAUGUGGGAAUUCUAGCCUUACAUAACAGACCCCUAUUUACUAGGAAUUUAAAAAGGGAUGGUUGGCUGAGGUUAGGGGAGUUUGAUGGAAGACUCCAGCUGUGUGAGAGCACUGCUUAAAAGACACGUAUAUAAUGUAUAUAAAGAGAAAGGAAGCUAAUGGAAAAGAGAUUUAUAGGAACAUGGGAUCAAAAGUCCGUUCUAAAAAAGAAGGAAGUAUCUACCUUCAUUAGAGUAGAAUUUGGAAACAUUUUAAUUUGGGGUCUACUUAGGGGGUUCCUUAAAUAUAAGACUCUUAGGUCAAAAGAAGAAGAUUUAAAGACCAACUUUUUACAGUCCUUCAGACCCUUUGGUUACUUUAUCUGAGCUGCCUCCUUGAGUGUUAACCACAAGUGUUCAAUUGUUUUAAGACCCUUGGAUGAAAUGGCUUGUAGAGAACAUUUAUUUUGUGGGCCGUUAACCAUUUCUUUGUUGGUUUAGAUGUAUGCUUUGGAAUAUUGUCAUGCUGGAAUGUCCAGUUCUUCCCAAACUUGAACUUUAUGACAGAAGGAACCAGGUAUUUGACCAGGAUAUCCAGAAUGUCGAAGUUCAUGAUUUUCCCAUUCUUAAAAGGGCUCCAGGACCCAUAGUUGCAAACAACAACUUAAAAUUAGAGACCCCAUAAUGACCCCAAUCGUGAUUCAAAUUUAUAUUGGCAAAUUUGUUGCUUUUAUUUAUGGUUUCCUUUCGGUUGAGGCUUGCUACCCAACCACAGUUUCUAUAUUAGAGACAAUAAAUAGAAGAUAUCUGUUCAUGUUGCAGAUCUUCAGCACAGGCUUCCUGAUCUGUUUGUCCCAGAGCCUUUGGUAGCAAGGUACACUUGCAUGCACUUUCCGGAAGGGUUGCCACUCUAAUAGUAGCCUUAAAAGUCCUAAUAAUGGGUACUAUAUGUGGUGGCAUGGCGGCACAGUGGUUAGACUCUCAGUGCUGGGACCUUGGAUUCAAUUUCUGGGGUACUAACUGUGUGGAGUUUGCAUGUUCUCCUUGUGUUUGCAUGGUUUUUCUCAGGAUGUUCUGGUUUCAUUUCAUAGUCCCAAAACAUGCUGAUAGGUUAAUGGGCUUCUGGGAAAAUUGGCCCUAGUGUGAGUGUAUGCAUGUUUGUCUCUGUGCACUGCUAUGGACUGAUGUCCCAUCCAAGGUGUAUCCUGCCUUAUGAUUGUUGCUUGCUGGGAUAGGCUCCAGUUCCCGCGUGAUUCUGUUUUGGAUAAAGCAGUUAAGAAGUGGAUGGUUAAGUACAAUAAUGAAUAAUGGUCGAUUCAUUUAUACUCUGCUUGUGAAGAUCACGUUGUUUGCGGUCUUACAUUUCUAGCAUAAACCAAGCAUGCUGCUACUGAAUGUCUACCAUGUGUUUCCAGCUUGGAACGAGAAAACUUCCAUGUUCCAAUUUCUGUAUCUUUCCAAAAGCUUCCAUUGCACUUCCAAAGAGCAGAAAUAUUAUUGUAGACUUGCAUUUAUUGAAUUUUAUUUAAAGCAAUACUUGCAUCUGCUAAUAAAUGUGACUCUAAUGUUUUCUGGCAUUCAGUUAUGUCAAGGAGACUUUUUACAAUGCUGUUACAAUUACAGUAUAACAAUUGUAACAUUUUUUAAGUCCAAUCCAUACCUUAUUCUGUCACGUAAUAUUUUUGUUCCUAUUUUCUCGAGGCUAUGAAUAUAUUUGGAGGAUACUGUUUGUAAUUAAAAGCUCUGGUAGUAAUUGUGUAGUUUUUCUGCAUAGUGUUAUGUGUGUAUAUGUAUAUUUAUGACGUGCUGUUUCCCUUACAAAUUCACUUACAAAUAAAUAAGUGAAUACAUUUUAAAUAUAACAUUUUACAGCUAAAAGCAAAAUGUUAUAUGAUACUCUGUUUAUAAGUCAGUGAAUUUUUGUAUAAAACUAAUUUUUUACCACCUGAAAAUUACAACAAAGCUUAAGGCUUUAAAAAGAACAUUGCUUUUUAGUAAUGAUUUCUAGUUUAUGAAAUUAAUACUUUCACUUAUGUCAGGCAUGGCCAUUUGAAGUCCUUAAGAGCUACACAGUUAUGAUAUCUUUAUUUGAAAUUGUGUAACUAUGGAAUAGAAGAAAAUAUCUUAAGUGGGUUAAUUGGUCAAUUUAGAAAUUUACAAAUUAAAUCUUAUCUCUAAAAUCUACUGGAUUGUGGCUCUCUGGGAUUGUUGGUCAUUCCUGUAUUGUACUGUGUAGAUGUUCUUGUUUUAAAACAUGACAUUUUAAAAUGUUGAGUGUACUGUAUGAAGCCAAGUAUAACACUAAUAUUUCAAGUCUGUUGAUAUGUACUGUUUUUAAAACUAUUUCUCUGUAAUCUGUUGAGUUACAAAAACAUAAUUUCUCUAUGAAUCUGUUACAAAUAUAAACUUAGUUAACAUAUAGGUUUAGUUUUUUAGAAUUUGUGUUGCUUUUUCUAAGGGCAGACAAAUGAAAAAUUGCUUUUCAUAACUAAGCCUCAAUAUAUAAAUAUUUACAUUUUGUAAUAAAACAUAAAUUUUCAGAAAUACUUCUUAUUCUUUUGUUGAUAUUCUGAAAUGUAACAGAUGUUUUUGCUUCUGUUUUUUUUUCCUGUGUUAUGCAUCCCAUUGAAGUUUGCCCACCGAUGCAAACAGCUAAACUAUUUUGACAUGUGCUGUUAUCUUCAUUGUCUUCUUUGCACUGCAAACCCACAGUAUAAUACAGCUGAACAUAAGGAGGAGAAAUGGUACAAAUCUUGUUUAACUGGACAUGUGUAACAGCCACACAUCUGUAACUACAGAAACAAUUGCCUGGUUUGCUAAAAUAUAAUUUAUUUGCAUCAUGUCCUCCAUUUUAAUUACACAUUUGUAUUAUCAACUUUGAUUAUAUGUAUUGGUCUCUUGUUCACAAGUGUAUGUGUACCAAGGCAUUGGUUACACUAUAGCAGUGGUUCUCAAACUUUUUGGACCAAGUACCACCCCUGAUCAAACCAAAGCAUCCAAGUACAACCUACAAGAACCCUAGGAACCCCAGAAAUUCUCAAUGAACAACAUGAGCGCGCAUGUGCGCACAAACUCACACACACACACAUAUAAUACAUAUUAUAAUAAUAAUCUUGAUUUCAUAUAGCGCCU